UUCAUGCUUUGGAAAUGUUGCUGGUUUUAGGCUUGUCAGUGACUGGGAAAAAUUGAAACUUCAGUAGACAAAUUAAAAUAUGAUUUUGAAAGAACUGUGAGAGGGAUAAAUUCAAUUGGUAAUCUCUUGUUAAAAUGAGUUUAGAACACCUGCCACAUCAGUCAGCCCCCACUCCCACCCCCGUACCAGUGUCCCACAUGUACUUGAUUGCAUGGUAGUGAGAUUUUUAAUAUGGCUAGAAUUUGGAGAUGUUCAAAACAAAAUCCCAUGUCUAAAAGGGUGGUACUCAGCACAAGGCAUAGGUAUGGCUGUUUUAGAUUCAUUGACAAAAGGUCUAGGUUUUGCUUUGCUGUUGUUUUAACUAAGGGUUCAUAAAUAUGCAAUGACCUGCACUUUGAACUGACACAAAAUUAUACAUGUAAACGUACAGUUUUUCAAUGUGGUUGUUCACAAUCUAGGUAAGACAAAAGUUUUAGCAAUAUUAGUUUAUAAUUGUAUAAGUGUCUUGACUGCAUUUUUGUAUUAUACUCUAGUUGUUUGCACAAUUGAAUUAUUUAGAUAUAAGUGGACAAGUUCUGUCUUGUCAUACCUGGUGCUCAGAAAGCAAGCACUGGUUUGCAGAGGGAUUCUUGAGCAGCUGAAAUAUGGUGAUGGAAUUUGGAACUUUACCUUGCAAUAGAGGCAAAGAUUAUGCAUAUGCAGUCUUAGUUUAAUCUUUUGAUAAUGUGAGUGUGGAAUUGCUUGAAAAAUACAAGGUAACACAGUAUUUAGCUAGCAACUGUAAAAAUGUUAAAGUAUGUGCUGUUGUUGCAAUAUUUGACACAUACCUGAUGAAUCUGAAAUUUGAGGACCAACUAUGAAAAAUUCACUUUUACCAUAUGCGUGGAGUUCUGCACCUUAUUGUGUUUUGUUUUUUCUCUGCCAUAAAUCAGGAUUGCAUGAUAACUAACAGCUGUAAGGAUAAAGUGGACUGCAUGGUGAGAUUUGGAGGUACUGGAGAUUAUUCCUGUCUUGGAAUAUUAGAAGUUCAGACUAUUGGGAUUUGUCCAUAGACUUAUUUAUUUUAGAAAAUUCUUUAAGUAUUUUAUAUGCACUCAGUCUUUCUCAGAUUCUUGUAGGUCCUUUCCCAUAGGUGAACCCUUACUUACUUCCUUUUAAUCCCUAAAUAAUCAAGUGACUUUUUCUUUAAAGCCUUUCACUAAGCACUAGUUAUGAGUUUCGCGUUCAGGAGGUUUUCAUGUACACGUUAGGAAGACUGUUAGUAGGACUUUGUAUCUGAGUGCUACUAUUUAAUGGAUGUGUUUCAUCUUUCCAGAAUUCAAAAGCUUGUAUGGAAUAUCAGGUAUAAGCAUCUAUGGUCAAAAAUGAUAAAAGUAUAUUAAAUCAAAUCAGAGCAGGUCCUUAUUUCUGACCCAUAGCAUGGUUCAACUCACCACUCUGAAGCUCUCUUCUCCUACUUCAACCAGAGUAGCUGCAUCUGUGCUGUUUUUUUGGAAGCAGCCUGUGGUACAUAUGAUCCCUAUGGCAAUGCCAAGCAGCAUUUGGGAGAGGUUAAUUUGCAUUGGUGAAAAUCCAGCGAAGGAGUGUGCUAGAUGUGGAAUGCUAUGGGAUAACCUCUGUGCUCUCUCCUGGUUUUAUUUACUUGCAUAAUAUGGCCACGUAAAGGAAUGUGGCAAUACCAAGCCUGGCAGCGUUUAAGGAUGCCAUGCAUGAAAGUUAAAGUCUCAAUGUAGUACAUGGCUAAUUGCUUUUAUUAAAUGAGCAUUUAGUUUGUAUUAAAGUAUCUUUAACAAGAAUAUCAGUGCUUCAUCAUCACUGUCCUAUUAUUUUGAAGUUUUCAGUUUAAAUGUAUAAAGCAGAAUUUUAACUUUACCUUUUUUGUGGACAUCAUAGGAGUCCACAUUUCCAGUUUCUUACUGAAUAAUAAUUGACUUAUUUGAUAGGUAAAGUCUGCUACUGUUUGUGAAAGAGAAUUGGGGGGAAAAAACAUCUGGUUAAAUAUGGCUGAGGGAACGACUGAGUCAUGAGGCAUAAAGCCGCUUAAAUGGCAUUGAGUGUGACACUACAGUGGGAAGAGCUUUGGAUAUUUCCUGCAUGCAGGUACUGAGUGUGAAGGUAGUUGAAGUUAGCUGGUAUGGUUUAGUUGCUCUGUCAGAUUUACACCCUUUUGGAAAGAAUGGCUUUAAUGUAUAUCUUCUUUUUCCAUAGUGGUUGUUUUCCAAAAUGCUUGGAAAGUAGGAGAAGAAGAAAAAUAGUGUUUUGCCUCGCUUUUGUCUCUCUUACAGAGAAACAGUCUUACAGAAAAUUAAGAAAGAACUGAAAAGCAGCAGUUCUGGGUAAAACAUGCCACAAUAUUGCUGUUCAGUCCUCCCAAAUACUGCAGGCUAAUUGGGAUUUGAAAUGUAUUUCUGUUCCAGUCAAAUCUCCUUUGUGUUUAGAUGUAAAUUGACUGUAGAUCUGCUUUGUCUGGGAAGUCUGGCUAUGUUUUUUAACUAAAUUAAAUAAAACAUCUUUGAUUACUGUAGGAUGUCUCGUUUACUCGGGCCUUUGCAUAAGAGACUUGAGCAACUCUUAGAACUGGAAGACCUAACAUUUAGAUCCUAGAUCAAUAAGAUCAAAUUAGUAACAUUCAAAUAGUGAUACUGGAAAGUUAAACCUCACUAAUUCCUAGUGUGAUCGCUUUUUUUUUUUCCUCUGCUCUACAUGCUUGUGUUAGGUGGGGGCAGGACUGUGAUGCCAGCAUGUGAUUCAGCCUCCCCCACUGCCAUCCUGUUGUUGCUGGCUUGCACAGCUGGAUGGAGAAGCUUUCUGGGGGGCUUAGAUUCCAGAGCUAACAUGCUUCUGUGGAAUAAAAUAGGCACCAAAAGUAGCUGGUGCGUGAAUAUUGCAUCCUUUACUUUCAUAGAUCACACCUCUGCUGGAAGCUUCUAUUUCCAUGGGAGCAAAUGGUGGGGGUAACACAGAGUCUCUGUUUUGGAGUCAGGAAUUUACUUUUCUUUGGUGGCAGCGCAGGGGGUCUGAGAUUAAGAGUUGAAAUGGAGUCUACAAACACUUUGCAUUUGUAGCUUUUGCUAGCACCUGAGGGCAAUAUCAAGAUGACUGAUGAUUUAUGAUUCCGCACUCUCCCUGAGAAGAGAAAUGUAUUAACAAUGUUGUCUCAUAUGCAGCAAUAAAAGUCACGGGUCUGCCGUUACCGAGAAACUGGGAGAGAAUCUGUCUGCUCUUUGCCUUUUAAGGAACAAGCCUAUGUGGUCUGUGUUUCAUUUUACUAUGGCUUUCAUCUGUAAAGCUUUUCAGGCAUUACCUCUGUUGCUUUAAUACUCCUCUUUACAGUAACAAGGAUCAUCUGAUCUAGUUCUCCUGGCAUUCAUGGCCUGUUCUUUAAUACUAGGUAGAGAGUUACUAUUAGCCAUUGCUUGAGAUUACAAUGCAAAGAACAUCAAUAUCCUUUUGGUGAAAAAUGCUGCAAUGACUGUGCCCCUGGUAAGUAGUUUUCACUGGAUGUUGGUUUUACUUGAUGUAAUAUCUGUCCAUUUAUAACCCGCAGGUGGUAGAAAACAGCUUGAUGGAAAUACCAUUGAAAUGUAGGAAGCAUAACAUGGAGUGUUUGAGGAGACUUUCAUAUCAGUCUAGACUGACAAAGAUUAUUUCUGUAACGUACUAAAUUUAGGAAUCUUCAUCUUUAAAAGAACUACAUAUGCUUUAACUUCUUUUGUGUGGCUCAGCUUCCGUAAUCUAUCAGUCUGGUGCAUUUUCAUUCUGGGAGUAUUAGCUGAGCAAAGAUGGUAGCGUUUAUGUUACUGUUCUUUACCUAUCCCAUAAAGAAGCUCAGAAACUGCAUAAUCAUGGAGAAUUUUAGGUAAUUAAUUCUGUUGCUAAAGAUGUUUUUUAAGCUUUCUUUUAUAGCAAGGUUUAUACUAGUUAAGACUUGGUGGUUUUUUUAAGGAAAAAGAUAAGUUUGAUCCAUAAACAAGAGAUUAGCAAAAUGUAACUUGACACGAAAUGUAUUUAUUUCCUCCUUUCUUACUGCAGAAACUGAAUGAGUCUGAAUUCUGGGGUUUGCACGCAUAUGUGUGGUUUUUUCCACAGUCUGAAUAUCUCUGAAGGCAGUGCAUUGUUGAGAAGCACAAAUGAAAAAUAUUAAACCUCAAAUACUUUAAUAGUUGGGAUUUCAUUAUAGAAAUCACUUAGUGAUGAAGAGUGAUACCAAUUAACAGGAAUAUUGCUGUUCAGGGGGAUUGCCCCUUAACAAAAGGGAUGAUUUUUCAUCAAUACUGACUACUAAAGGAAGGGUACAUGUAGUACAUCUAGAGGGAGAGUAGGUCAUGUUUGUAAAUGCAUUUGCAACUUAGUCUUGCAUAUGGUUUUAUGUGCAUCUUUCAGAAUAGUUACUUUCUCUUUUCAAAAUUAAGUCUGCUACACAAAAUGGAUAUGGCACGAACAUAUGCAGUAGUAUUCUCAUCAAAGAUGCUAAUGGGAAUAAAUUCAACCUUUAAGACUUGAGGCAGUUUAUUAUUGGAUUAUUCUCAAAACUAUUUAAAUCUGUGUGUUUGUGAACUCAAAGAAAGGCAUACUUGUAUGCAGAUAAAGCUAAUCCUUUAAAGUUUUUUGUUCCUCCUUAAGCUGAAAGAACUUUCACCAGGUUUUUGGCGUUGUCAGCACACCUGAAGCUGUUGGGGAAAUGUUUCUUUAUAGUCUCUUCCUGGUUGUGUAGGUACUAAAAAUGUAGAAGUGUAUUGCAUAUGUUGUGGUCACUAAAAAUCUGUAUUUUGUCACUGAUAGCACUCAAUAAAAUGCAGAGAAAAUUAGAGUGAGCAAGAGACUUGGUGCUCAUUGUUCACCUGCGGAAUGGGAAAAUGGAGAACCAAAAUGAAAGAAACAGCCUGUGAGGAUAAGGACAUAUUUAAGCUCAACUGUAAAAACCCUGGUCAUUAAAGCUGUCUAGUUCCCGCAGCCUGUGCUGUGUGGAGGGAAGCUAGUGAGAGAGAAGUAAUAUGUCUGACUCUUUUUCCAAAAUCCACUGUUAACUUGCUGUUUCAGUGUGGGCAAGUUGCUUUGCUCACAAACCUUGUCAUCCCAGCGCAUCAAUAUGAACUUCUGUGUGAGUACUGUGUGUUGCACAGGUUGGAGUUGGUGCGUGCAAGCAUUCAGAGCUUGGUUUUAAACCCAAUGUGUGAUACACGCGUACUGUUUGGAAUAGUAACAAACGCCUGCCUUGCACCUUGCACACUCUCACUGUUUAUGAAGUGGAGCUAGUAACAUCUUUGUUGUUGGGUGCCAAUACAGAUACAUAUCAACACACAACCAUGUUCUCUCAUGCCUAAUGGGCUUUCAGAAUGCAAACAAAUGUUUAUUCUUGACUGCUUCACUAAUGAAUCUUCUGCAAACCCAGGCGGUCCAUUGCCGUCUUUUGUACCUGUUUGGGAUUACUUGGGGUUGAAUUGUGUGAUUUAUCUCAUAGGGGGAGACAGGAUCUGUCAUAAAACCAUUGUAUUAUACUGGAGAUCAGACCUAUUGCUAUGCUAAAAACCUGCUUUUUUCCUAAUUGACAUUGGCUGCAAACUGUGAUGUCUAAACCAUAUGAAAAGAUGGUCUGGAGAAGUAAUAUUUGGAAUCCACUGGGAGAAUCAUUUGGGGCAUUGCCUCAGCUCUCAGCAAGUCAUCAGGCCCCUGCUAGCCCAUUUUUAGCUGCUUAAUUUCUAGCGAUGCGAUGUGUCAAAACUUUUAGGGAUUCUCACGUGUCUAAAUCUGCCAAAUGUUUUAAGCCAGAGUUGUAAAUGGAACUGUUACUUUCUCGACAUUCUUUCAUUCUAAUGCAUGAAAAUGAGGGUUUCCUUCUGAUAAGUCAGUUCCUCCUACAUGGUCUUUGUUUUAGGUGAAAGAAUGAGAAGCCGCUGCACUGCAAAAGCAGACACAGUCUGUGCUCCCUGUCAAGAUGAAUACUUCAGUAGUGAGCACAACCACAGCUUCUGCAAGAGUUGUACAAUCUGCAACAAUAGAAAGGGGAGCAUGGAGGUGAAGAAGUGUGAGAAGACCUCUGACAGAAUUUGCAUGUGUAUUGCAGGUUACAUGCCAGAUGCCAGAUACACUCUGGGAAGCGUAUGUUUACCAUGUCCUGAAGGGUCUUACUCCAUUGGGAGAAAUGAAAACUGUCAGCCUUGGACCAACUGCAGCAUUCUUGGGAAAAAUACUCUUCGACCAGGGACGAAAACACAUGAUGCUAUUUGCAGCAACCAUGUCACACAGUCAACUACCUCUCAGAGUGCAUCACCUACUUUGAAUCUUUCCACCACUGACCAAAUGAAUAAUACUACGACUGCAAUGUUCUCACCAUCCAGACCCAGUGUGAUUCCUUUCAUUUGCCCGGAUGUAAACAGCCCCACAGAGACUAACUGGGGGUCUUUAUCACUUAUCCUUAUUUGUCUGAUACUGCUUAUGGUGAGUGGAAUGUCCAUCCUCCUGUUGAUUAUCCAAGCAGCCAAAAAAGAGACCAAGAAGAGGCCUUGUGGAGACAACUGUCAGGAAAGGAGAUUUCGAAUGCCUAUCCAGGAAGAACAAAUUGACUCCAAUUCUAGUCUCAUCAAAAACUGAGUCCACAUUACGUUACUGUUUCCUGCAUUUCUGAGCCAAGCGAUUGUAACAAGGAAUGUGACAGAGCGUUCUGUGGCUGUAUGUGUGGGUGUGUGUAACUGUUUAAUUGCACUUUGGUUCCUCUGGGUCUUGUUGAGCAGCCCCUUUGGCAUUAGGACCCAUGGGAGUAGCUGUUCUUGGUGGAAUUGUGUGAUUCUUUCUCUUAGGCAGAUCCUGUGCACAGAAUCCCUGUUGCCAGGACUGAGCUGAUAUAGUCCUCUGCAUUUCUAGCCAGUUCUGUAUGUAGUGAUAGGCAGUUGUCUUUGGACUGAAGAAAGUGUUUAUGAAGCUGUAAGAGCUGAUCAUUGAGCAGACAGAAGGACAGGGAAAUGAAAAGACCUGCUUUUUGACUGAGUUUAUAUCUCGUCUUACAUUCUGAGAUGCUCAGCAGAGCAUGUCUCUUUUUUUUCUCAGUGUGUGUAACCAGUAUUUCAGUUUAGUUCCCAAAUGAACUCUCUUUAGAUGGAGAAUCUCCCCAGAUGAACCUAGCCAACUUCCUUUGUGUUUCCAUUUUUUCAAGAUAUUUCUUGGUCAGGUGGAGUGGCAUAUGUCAGCUGUGCCUCCAGAGACAGUUAUUGCUAGUGUCUCAUGCUGGCCAUGCUCCAGAAUAGCACCGAAUUUCUGGUGCUAGCUGUUAAAUGACUGUUGAGAGAUGGCUAUUCAAUGCCACUUCUCUCUUUUCUGCAUUUCUUCAAGCGUACCCAUUGAGGAAAUGUCAUGUUAACAUAUUGAGCAGUAUCCUCAUUGUUAGGCCAACAAAUGGAAUGAUCAUUAGGUAGCUCCAGAUCUCUAGGUGUUUGGAAAUUCCAUGGGGAUAUUCAUGUGUGUGGAAAGUAGAAUACGUGGAUUGCCAGAAUGUAAAAGAAAUGGUAAUUUCUGACUGGAACACGAUUAUUGGAAACUGUAGUUCAAAAUAUGGGAAAAGGUAGAGUACCGCUUGUCUGCACUGUAAACUUUAGAAGUUGCCAUGUAUAACCGAUGUUUUAUCUGUAAGCCCUGUGUGACCAAUGUGGUGUGUGCUGCUUCUUUGUGGACAUGCUGUUCUGCUGAAGACCCUGGUGUGUCAUCAGCAAGUCUGCUUCAGUCAGGAUUGGACAUCUCCACAGUAAAAUUGUUUAGCUCGAAGCACUUUUGUGGUACGUGAUUGCUUGCUGUGAAUGUGGGGAGAAACCCAUGAGCAAAUUUGUUUCCAGACAGUGCCCCAGAUUUAGGGAAAGUCUGUUUAUGUCUUAGGUUUAGGAGCAUGCAUAUGGACAAUUAGAGCUUGUCUGCUGCUGAACGAUAGUUUUGUGAUGGUUUAGAAAAGAGUAACUGCUUAGAUCUUCUCUGCUGAUAAGAGGCAAGAGCUAAACUCUUAACACAGUGCUGACUAUCUGGUCCUUCAAGGGUUGCACAUGAGCAAAGACACGCAAAGAUCAUGUAACAGUGGGUAGAUGCCUAAACUGUGCUCUGGCCAUUCAUCUGGAUGAUCACUCUAUGCAUGAUGUCAGUGGAAUCUGCGAUCAGAACUGAAGAAGUAUUCUUGAUGUGGUCUAUGUGCAGUUAAAAUACCUAGUUCAUUGCCUGUACACUGUAUGAAAUGAAUUUUACUUCUGUAAUGUUUUUCCACAAGUUAGUUGGUCUGUAGUUUUGGAAAGCAUUCAGAUUUUAGAUAGCAAAUUCAAAAUAUCUCAGUGUAAAAGUUCAAGAAGAAGUAAGAUUGAAAGUUACAUAAUUCAGAAGGGUUUUUCACUGCAAAUAUAACUCCUCAGUAGAUAAAUCACUAGGUGGGUAUUCUAUAUACACAGUACCAAAGCAUAUGCGAAAAUAUGCAACAGGAAAUGUAUUCAGGAGUAUAACUGAUGUCUAGAACAUGUUUUUAAACAUAUGUUUUCUUAUAUGUUAUACAUAUGGUGUACUUAGCAAUAAUUUCCUAUUUUGAAAUGCAUAUACAAUGUAUGUAACCAUUUGUAUUGUAUACAAAGUAUGAUAGUGACUUUUGAAAUAAAUUGUGGUACAAGCUAGAUGCACAUGUCUGUU